AUGAAGAUAAUCACGAAUACAUACACUUCAUGGCCAUCACUUAUUUCUCUUCUUCACCUCAGUUUCUUGUUCAAUUCCUUGAAAUAUUGUAUGUGUACUAACAACUCUUCCCAUUCAUCCUCGGACCAAGUAAUUCUUGACUGCGGAUCUUCCAGGAACUCAUCCUUUAAUAAUAAAAGUUGGGUUGGGGAUGUUUUUUCCCCAGAUUAUUAUGAAGGAACGACGAUUGGCCGCGUGAUCUCAAACACAACAGGCAAGGUUCCGGAGAGUCCAUACUCAACAGCUCGCUUCUUUCGCUCUUCCUUCACCUACAGUUUCCCUAUGUUCCCUGGCCUCAAAUUUAUCCGCCUUCAUUUCUACCCUACUUCUUACACUGCCACAGACCAAAUCUCGAAGGCUGACUUCUCUGUCACCUCGGACAAUUACACUUUGUUAGCCAACUUUAACCCUUCUGUUGUGGCAAACACUUUGAAAUCACCUUAUUUCACUAAGGAUUACUUCCUUAACUUAAAGAAACACUUUCUUAACAUCACCUUCGCUCCAUCACUAAAUGCUUCAGACGCUUUUGCGUUUGUAAAUGGGAUAGAGAUUUACUCAAUGCCCCUCAAACUCUCUGAUUAUGGAGUAAAUGAAACUUUCAAUGCUACCUCCAUUCAAGAUGAACCUGCCCUUGAGAUACUUCACAGAAUCAACGUAGGUAUUGAUAGUCAAAACGAGCCGUUCUGGAAUGGGCUGGACGACCGAGUAUAUAUUCAGGGUUCCCAAAAGGGUACUCCUAUUGAGGCAUAUGAUGAUCCUAUAGCCUACAAUAAGAGCUCUUGGACGUUAAGUGAAUAUGGAGCACCGGGGGAUCUGUACAGCACAGCCAGGACAAUCGGUGGUAGUGAUCAGGUUGCCAACGGGGGCUAUAACUUGACAUGGACGUUUCCUGUUGACUCAGGUUUCAAAUAUAUUGUCAGGCUUCAUUUCUGCGAAAUUCAAUCAAAAGUAACAAAAGUGAAUCAGAGAGUGUUCAAGGUGUAUGUCAACAAUGAGACAGUGGAAAACAGCCUGGAUAUAGUUGCUAUGGCCGGUGGUCCAUUGAUUGCAAUGCAUAAGGACUAUAUCAUCAUGGUUCCAAAAGCGAAAGAAGAAAGAACGGGUCUGUGGCUUGCCUUGCAGCCUGACAUUGAUUCAAAGCCCAAUCUUAGUGAUGUAAUAUUGAAUGGAAUUGAGAUCAUGAAGUUGAGUGAUACUAGUAACAAUCUUGCAGCUCAUGUUCAAGUAAAGAAUGGAGACAGAAGCAAGCAUAUUCCAUCUAACAUCUUGCUCGGGAAGAUUCUGGGUUUGGUUAUUGGAAUUUGUUUAGUUUCUUUGAUUGUCUAUCAGGUGUCUCAUUGGUUUUUGCUACGUAAUGAUGAAAAACUCUGGAAAACAGUCAGCCUAUUUGUUAAACCUUCAAAUCACUGUCGUCAAUUCCCUUUAGAAAAGAUAAGAGCUGCCACCAACAAUUUCAGUGAAGCUCUUUUGCUCGGUUGUGGCGGGUUUGGUAAGGUUUACAAGGGUCUGCUGGAUGACGGAAUCACCAAAGUGGCAGUUAAGCGCAAAAAUCCUGAGUCCCAUCAAGGAGUUCAAGAGUUCAAAACUGAAAUCGAAUUGCUCUCCUCAUUUCGUCACAUGAACAUCGUGUCUUUGCUUGGAUAUUGUCAAGAGGACAAUGAGUUGAUUCUGAUAUAUGAUUACAUGGCUCAUGGCACUCUACGUGAUCAUCUCUACGAGACCCAAAAUCCACCACUUCCAUGGACCCAGAGGCUCAAGAUUUGCAUUGGUGCUGCACGUGGAUUACACUACCUUCACACGGGCACAGAGCAUUCAAUCAUUCACCGGGACAUCAAAUCAACAAACAUACUCCUGGAUCAAAACUGGGUGGCCAAAGUCUCAGAUUUUGGCUUGUCAAAAGUAGGCAAGACCGCGGAAUCCUAUAGGAACCAAGUCAGUCCUGGGCCAAAGGGCACGUUUGGAUAUUUGGACCCUGAAUAUGGCAGAUACAGAACAUUAACUGGCAAAUCAGAUGUUUACUCUUUUGGUGUGGUUUUAUUUGAAGUCUUAUGUGCAAGACCUGCUGUUAGUCGUGAGGCAAAUGAGGAUGAUCAGACUAAAGUGAGCUUGGCUAGAUGGGUUGUUCAUUGCUAUCGAAGUCAAACAAUUGAUCUCCUGAUUGAACCAUACCUAAGAGGAAAGAUCAUGUCCGAGUGCCUUACCAUGUUUGUGGAAAUUGCAGUCAGGUGCCUGGCCAGUAGGCACAUAGAUCGGCCAUCAAUAAGUGAUGUUCUCUGUAAACUUGAACAGGCAUUGCUGUUGCAGGAGAAGGCUGACAGUAAUUUGCAAACACAAGAUGCAUGA